AUGACAAGAUCUUCGUCAAUGGAUAUGAUGCCAAAUGAGAAUACCUUAAUCUACAGCAAAUACAUCAAGGAGAUUUCUCCGGCCGAUGAACAACUAUUCUUAGCCUUCCAAAACUCCUUGCUAAAGCCAGACUUAAUCGGCGAACACGUGGCAGACAUCUGUAAGACGCUCCACAAAAGCACUAGCAGAUACAACUGUCAAUGCUUAACCAUCAAGGUGGCCUCCACUACCGACAAUAAUAAUAACAAAGCCAUUAUUAAAGAAGAUUCCUCCACAAGCUCCAGAUAA